AUGGAGCCGGGUACUCCUCCCCGGUCCGACAGACGAAUCGUUGCUUCACCGACACGCAUGCCCUGCAAAAGGGUCCGGCCUCUGCCGGACGCCAGCGAUGCCGAAGACCCUGUACUGGCUCUCGUCGUCCCUGCCUCUCCGUUCGAGAAGCUUGAAAAUUAUCAUCUCUUGGAAGCCGGACAGGGAUGGAUGAGUUGGAACGUUGAUCUUUCCGGUGAGGAAUGCACGCUGGAGAAGUAUCAGUGGUGUGGAGACGCUGAUUAUCGCCGCAAGAUCGACAUUAUCCGGAACUCUAAAAAUCCUUAUAUUCUCCGCUGCCAUGGCUAUCGUGAAGACGCUGAAGGAAUUGCAGUCAUAUUUGAGCGCUUUGGAAAUUCACUUGAAGGCCGGCACGUUGAUGUGGAACCAAUGCUCACAACGAUUGCAGGCCAAGCCUUGGAAGGCCUUUUCUUUCUCCACGAUCACAAGGUUUCACAUGGGAACAUCAGGCCAGCUACAAUCUUUGUUGGCAAGAAUGUCAAAACUAAAAUCGGCGACUUUACUAGCCGCGUUCGCCCCCCAUUAGUGGAUUCAAAAUCAUCGGCGUAUCUAAGUCCGGAGGUGAUAGGCGGAGAUGCUGAUAAAAACUUUGAUGUUCUUGCGGCAGGGGACAUAUGGAGCUUAGGACUUAGCGUUCUUGAGUUGUUCUUGGGGUACUAUCCUUAUGGGAAAGACCUUCCCAUUGUUCUUGAUUACUCCAGCCUGAAGGAUAUUAUCUGCAGCAUGGAUCCCCCUCAAGCACCUGCCCAAGCUUCAAUGCAGUUCACUGAUUUCCUUGCUCUCACUUUGCAGAAAGAUCCAAAAAAACGUUCUACGGCAGCCAAACUUUUACAUCACUCGUUUAUCACCGGUUAA